UGCCUCCUUUGUCACCUACAGUUCCAUGACGUCACAGCGAUGUAGGGGCCUAGUUCAUUUCAGGACUGUGGCGCGUGCGGCACAGAAUAUGGCGGAUACCAAAAAACAUCGUCGCGGUGAUGCCGCUCUAGACGAAGAAAUUGCCGCCGUUUCUUGUUCUGGAAACAUCAUGGGUAAACGCGGAAGCAAGCUAACAUCAAACGAAGUUAAGGAUCUCAUGUCAUGCACAUAUUUUGAAAGAAAGGAACUCCAGCAAUGGUAUAAGGACUUUAAGCGAGAUUGUCCAAGUGGUGUCUUAAGGAGAGAGGAGUUCCAGAGUAUCUACAAGCAGUUCUUUCCACAUGGAAAUCCAACCAAGUUUGCUCAGUUUGUUUUCAAUGUCUUUGACUCAAACAAGGAUGGCUAUAUAACAUUUAAGGAAUUUAUUUGUGCAUUAUCAGUGACAUCAAGGGGGAACCUGGAUGAAAAAUUAGAUUGGGCUUUCAACUUGUAUGACCUUGACAAUGACGGCUACAUAACCAAGGCCGAGAUGGUGGAUAUCGUGGAUGCCAUCUACUGCAUGGUGGGUAAUCUGCUUGAUCUCCCGAAAGAUGAAGACACACCGGAGAAAAGAGUCAACAAAAUAUUUGACCAGAUGGAUCUGAACCAGGAUGGAAUGUUGACCAAAGAAGAGUUCCGAGAAGGUUCUCGGAAUGACCCUUGGAUUGUCCAAGCAUUGUCCAUGGAAAUUCCUCAACAUUGACAUUUUCACUUGUGGUCUUCCUGUUGUGAAAGAAAUCCAUGAAAUUAUCUCCCUUGCCAAAGGAAGAUCUGCAUCAUUGCACAUUGCACCCAGCUUAGUACCUUCUUUCAAGACUGUCAUGCAAAACUAAAUCUUGAAUAGUUAACAAAAUAUAUUCUUUCUAAAUGGUGUUAAAACACAAAUAUAUAGUCUCUUGUAGAUGAUGGUUAAUUCAA